GGGAAUUUCGGUUCAGACCUACCGGGUCUGGCGCUGGGUAGUCGUUCCGGCGCGCGCUGAGAGCUUAUUGGCUGGCGCGGCCUGGCUUGCCGCCGGAUUGGCCGGAGCCACGCGCCUUGGAGUGAGUUUGUGUUCCUGGAGUUGGAGACCGCGCGGGAGUUCAUCUUCAACGUCUCUCUCUCCUGAGUCCUUUUCGUCAUUAUGCAGAAUUGCUCGGAUUUCUUCCAUCCUGAGAUAAAGGAAAACCUCCUUUGAUUAUCCCCCAUCCCAUGAAUUCAUUAAAAAAGUAUUUGCCCCUGGGAUACAACGGUGAACAAAGAGAAAAAGUCUUUGCCUUCAUGAAGGUAGCAUCCGGGAAGGAGUCACUAAUUAAAUAAUUGCCAUCAUGAGGAAGCCACGAGCAGCUGUGGGAAGUCGCAGGAAGCAGGCAUCCAGCCAAGAGGGAGGGAAGAAACGUGCCCGCUGCAGCAGCCAGGCCAAGCCUUCUGUCCCUGAUGGCCUGGCCGGGCAGCAGGCCUCUGUCUCCCCGUACCAUCUAUUCAGAAACCCAGCUGAGGUCACAGCCUUCCGGGGGAGCCUACUGAGCUGGUAUGACCGAGAGAAGCGGGAUCUACCCUGGAGAAGGCGGGUAGGCAGGCAAGGGACAAGGACGGUGCGGUGGGAGGCUGGUGCCCAGCCCCCUCCAUGCUUACUCCAUCUGGGGUUCCAUUGGCAGGCAGAGGGUGAGGUGGACCUGGACAGGCGGGCAUAUGCUGUGUGGGUCUCAGAGGUCAUGCUGCAGCAGACGCAGGUUGCCACGGUGAUUGACUACUACACCCGAUGGAUGCAGAAGUGGCCGACACUGCAGGACCUGGCCAGUGCUUCCCUGGAGGAGGUGAACCAGCUCUGGGCUGGCCUGGGCUACUACUCUCGAGGUCGGAGGCUGCAGGAGGGAGCCCGAAAGGUAGUAGAGGAGCUAGCAGGACAUGUGCCACGUACAGCAGAGACUCUGCAGCGGCUCCUGCCUGGUGUGGGGCGGUACACAGCCGGGGCCAUUGCUUCCAUAGCUUUUGGCCAGGCAACCGGUGUGGUGGACGGGAAUGUCAUACGGGUGCUGUGCCGUGUCCGGGCCAUUGGUGCUGACCCCAGCAACACCCUCGUCUCCCAGCAGCUCUGGAGUCUAGCCCAGCAGCUGGUGGACCCAGCCCGGCCAGGUGACUUCAACCAAGCAGCCAUGGAACUGGGAGCCACAGUGUGCACCCCACAGCGCCCGCUUUGCAGCCAGUGUCCUGUGCAGAGCUUGUGCCGGGCAUGCCAGAGAGUGAGCUGUCUGGGCCAGGGACUGUCAGGGGUCUUAAGGAAAGACCCCUGCCCCAUGACACCUCUCCUUAUCUAUGCCUCUCAGGUAGAGCAGGAGCAGCUCUCAGCCUCACAGAGCUUGCCAAGCAUCUCUGAUGUGGAGGAGUGUGCUCCCAACACUGGACAGUGCCAGCUGUGCCCACCUCUCACAGAGCCCUGGGACCAGACCCUGGGAGUGACCAACUUUCCCCGAAAGGCCAACCGCAAGCCCCCCCGGGAGGAGUACUCUGCCACCUGUGUCCUGGAGCAGCCCAGGGCCCUGGGGGGUGCUCGACUUCUGCUGGUGCAGAGGCCCAGCUCAGGUCUGCUGGCAGGUCUGUGGGAGUUCCCAUCCGUGACUGUGGAGCCCUCAGGGCAGGGUCAGCACAAGGCCCUGCUGCGGGAACUGCAGAAUUGGGUCAGGCCCCUCCCGGCCACUCACCUGCGGCACCUCGGGGAGGUGGUCCACACUUUCUCUCACAUCAAGCUGACAUAUCAAGUAUAUGGUCUGGCCCUGGAAGGGCAGACGCCGGUGACCACUACACCGUCUGGUGCCCGCUGGCUGACCCGGGAAGAGUUUCACACCGCAGCCGUCUCCACUGCCAUGAAAAAGGUGUUCCGUGUAUACGAGGGUCGACAGCCAGGGACCCAAAAGGGCUCCAAAAGGUCCCAGGUUUCUACUCCACCCAGCCGGAAAAAGCCCACCCUGGGCCAGCAAGUCCUGGAUAGCUUCUUUCACUCCCACAUUCCCACUGAUGCCCCCAGCCUCAACAGGUCAGCUCAGUGAUGCUCCCCCCUACCCCCCACCCCUGAGAAUCCUGUUGUUUAAUAAAAUGCUUAUUUUUGUAGUCA